AUGAUCAAGAAACUCGAUGAGAAAGAUGACAAGAAAGCAGGACUAUAUGUGAAUCUUCACAUUGGGCCUUUUAUUUGUGCCAAGUGGAAUUUUGGAUGGCAAUGCAGGGGUUCACCCAAACAAAUUGUCCAAAUGAUGAAGAAUGAAAAGUUAUUCGAGUCUCAAGGUGGCCCUAUCAUCCUCUCCCUGAUUGAGAAUGAGUAUGGGCUAGAAAGCAAGGCAUACGUUGCAGCUGGUUAUGCCUACAUGACUUGGGCUACAAAAAUGGUUGCUAAAUUGGAUAUUGAGGUCCCAUGGCUUAUGUACAAGGAGGACGAUGCCCCAGAUCCUGUGCACCCCCGUCUCCUCUCUAGUUCCACCUUGUGCACCAAAGCCACUCGGGUCAAUGCCAUGAGAGGUGCCAAACACUCCAUUGCCAUGGCUCCCCUCAACCAUCUUGUUUGA